UGCUCAUUGCAACAGGUGGACAUUGAGCACGACGACGUCCGCUAUGGCGUGUUUGUGCAGUACGUGGAGAUUUACAACAACUACUGCUACGAUCUACUUGUCCCCCCACCACCAGAGAAGGAGCCUGCCAAACCUCGACCACCAACGCGUCAGAGCCUGAAGAUUUCCCAAGAUGAGACAGGGCAUCGCUAUGUGCGCGAGGCCAUCUGGAAAGAGGUGCAUACACCCGAGGAAGCUUUUGAACUGCUUCAUCAGGGUCAGAUUACACGUGCCACAGCGGCCACCGAUCUCAAUGCUACGUCAAGUCGCAGCCACAGCAUCUUUACGAUUCGCCUGGUGUCCGCUCCGACGUCAAUGAGAGGCAACGACGUGCAACGGGACGGCCCGACCCCGCACGUGGCGGAUAUCUCGCUGGUGGAUCUCGCCGGCUCGGAGCGUACCUCGCGAACCAACAGCACCGGCGAUCGUCGCAAGGAGGCCGGGGCUAUCAACAAGUCCCUUUCUGUUCUGCGUGACUGCAUGAAAGCGCUUCGCCGCAAUCAAGACAAUGGUUCGCGUGGCAAGCCCAAGUUUAACGAAAGUAGCUUGACAAAACUUUUUGAGCGCUUUUUGACAGGUGAUGGUCUGGCGGCUAUGGUGGUAUGUGCCUCGCCGGCUCAGAGUGAUGCCAGCGAGACAGCGCACGUUUUUGAUUUUGCCAAGGUGGCCAGCGACGUACAAGUGGAGGCCCCCGUUCAUGUCAUGCAGGACCACGGUAAGUUGCUUGAUCACGGCGUGCGCACACACACCCGGCCCGCAUGCCAAGAGCAAUGCAAGCCUCGCACUUUUGGCUCUUUUAUUACACGACUUGUAUCCUUUAUCGAAUGGAAAUCAUAA